AUGAAUAUCUGCAAUAAACCUCCUAAUAAGACAGCUCCAGAGAAUUUUGGCGAAGCUGUUCCUGAGGUGCAGGUUCAACGUGCUCGAAGGAAUGGCUGGAGCUGGCCUCUGCACCUUUUCCAGAUUGUUGCCUGGUUACUGUACCUCUUCUUUGCGCUGGUUGGCUUUGGAAUCCUGGUUCCUCUCCUGCCCCGCCACUGGCUGCCCGCUGGCUAUAUCUGUCCUGGAGCAUGUUUUAUCUACCAUUUAGUUGUUCAUCUUACUGCAGUCUCCAUCGAUCCUGCGGAUGCAAAUGUGCGAGAAAAAAACUAUCUAGGGCCUCUGGCCACCUUCAAUCGUAAACAACAUGCGCAUGUCAUUGAAAACCAUCAUUGCCAUGUCUGUGAUGUAGAUGUGAGCGCCAAGUCAAAGCACUGUGGAACUUGCAAUAAAUGUGUAUGUGGCUUUGAUCACCACUGCAAAUGGCUCAACAACUGCGUGGGAGAGAGGAAUUACUGGCUCUUUCUGAACAGCGUGCUGUCUGCCAUUCUGGGCCUUGGGCUUCUGCUGCUCAUCGCUUGCUAUGUCUUUGUGGAGUUCUUCGUUGACCCCAUGAUGCUUCGCUCUGACCGGCACUUUGAUGCUCUAAAGAACCACACAGACCGCUGGUUUGUGUUUCUUCCUGCAGCUCCCAUCGAGACUCCGGCAUCUGCCAUUUUGGUCACGGCUGGGAUUUUUAUUCUUCUGAGCCUAAUGACCGUGAUCCUGCUAGGCCACCUCUUGACCUUCCACAUCUAUCUCAUGUGGAACAAAUUGACCACGUACGAGUACAUCCUGCAGCAGCGUCCCCAGCAAGAGGCGAAAGGGGUAGACAAGCAACUGGACUCUUGUCCCUCCCAAGUGAGACCCAGUCAGGAAGCAGACUUUUUCUCAGGUAACCCUGGUUAUACAGACCCUGGUAUUCAAGUAGAGGAAUUCGCAACAGUAACUUCAGGAAAAGGCUUUUCAAAGCUCUACGUCCGCGAUGAUGAAGCUGACCCCGAGCAGUGCUCCUCUCCUGACCUCCCGUCUCUUCACUUUGCCGUCCCUCCUCUGCGACAGAAAAAAAGAAGAAAGAAGACCCAUAAAGCUUCUUCUUCAGCAAUGGACAGCAGAUCUAAAACACACACUAGGCCUUGGCCCUCUUUCCCAGAUCCCCGGUCAGAGUUCCCAGCUGUGGCUGCUGCCACCUCACCUUCCCACAGCCUUCACCUCUUAGUGCCAGCUUUUCCUCUGGGAGCUGCUGUGCCCCCCAGCACCAUUGGCCUCAUCCAGGCAGCAGGACCCCCAGCGGACUAUCAUUCAGAGUCUGCCGAGUCCAUGGAUGAGAUUCCUGUGGCUCAGACUCGCCUUGGGAGCACAGCCCUUCAUAGGCCUCCUAAGAAUAGCUCAAGUAACUCUCAAGACUAUCCCUUGUCCACAGACAAUCCCAGAGGUGACAGGAAGAAGAAUCUGUAUUCUGGGCACAAGGUAAAAAGUAAGAGCAGUGGAGAACCUCAUGUGUCUCAGCGCCAACCCAGUGAGAGCACAUCUGAGCCACACCACAGAAAACACACCAGCAAGCAGCACGUGGGCAGGCAUGAUCCAUGCUUUAAGGACAUAAGGACAAACACCACAGUGGCCUAG